GGGAGUGUUGUCUUCCUAUUUGAACUGACUUCUUGCUACUUGUACUUCCAUUUUAUUUGUUGUUUUAAUCAGGAUACCUUGCAGUGCUAGGAAGGAGAAUUACGGUUGUGAGAAUUGUUCGAAGUAGGUGAAUCAUGGACGACUGUGACUGGACUUCGGAGGAGAGCAACGACUCUGAUGCACUCUCACCUCUGCCGCCAUUAGUGAUAUGGACAAGCAGAAGGUCAACCGCGUGUUCUCCACCGCCAACUGCACCAUCUUAUAGUACUCGUUAUCCAGCCCUUCACCACGCAUAUCCCAAUAGUGGUAAUGAAGUAGCCAUAUCAGAAGUCUCCUCUUCCCGUCAAUUUCUUCAAAGCACCACAUGCAACCCUUGGAAAGCACGAGCAUCUUGCUCCGGGAUUCUUCAAGAUCAUGGUCUCAUGGACAUGGUGGAAGAUAACUUCAGGGACACUCGAUCAGAAAUACAGAGAAACAAGGAUAUAAAGACCAGUGAUGCUUCAACCACAACUAUGGGAAACCCAUGUUUGGAUUCCUUGACAUCGGCAAUGGACAAGGAUCAAAUUUUGCAAGGUAAAAGUCCACCAAGUGUUAACUGCUAUCCCGAACCCAUUUCAGAUCUGUACACCGACUUCGAGGAAGUAGCGUUUCACACUGAAUAUGGCGAGAACCACAGCAAAUCUGCCGACAUGAAUGUUCACGUAGAGCUUGUACACAACUUCGGACAUUUUCCAGUGUCUUCUUCAGUGGCUAGCCUACCCGCAGAUUCCGAUCAUCACGACCGUGAAAAAAUCAACACUCAUGACACCUCUGAACUUGUUUCUGAAUCAAUUUGUCGACAUCAAUUUGACCUUCCCUACCCAGACGAAACACUCUGCGAAGAAACCGAAAGGUCACUGGAUCGCCAGCCCGAUAGGCAUGAUCGCGAACAUUCACAUCCAGGAGAAAAGCCAUAUAAAUGUAAGCAUUUCGAUCAAUCUGUUUCUACUCCGUCUUGCCUAAGUUCUCAUGAAUUUACACAUCCAGAAGAGAAAUCGUUCAAGUGUACAGUGUGUGACAAAAUGUUCACUACGCAACAUAAUCUUACCCAUCAUGCACGACUUCACUCAGUAGGCAAAGCGUUUCCGUGCAAGUACUGCGCAAAGCCAUUCGGUGACAAACACGGCCUACAUGUUCAUGAACGUAUCCAUACCGGGGAGAAGCCGUUCAGGUGUCGUUCCUGUGAUCGAAUGUUUCGCCGUAAUACCCAUCUUAGAGUUCAUGAACGUACCCAUACUGGAGAGAGACCAUAUAAGUGUAAAUCGUGCGAGAAGUCACUCAAGACGAAAUCACAUCUCAGUCGGCAUCAACGCAUCCAUACUGGAGAGAGACCAUACAAGUGUAACUUGUGUGAUAAGUCAUUCAAGACAAAACCAAAUCUCACAGCGCAUCAACGCAUCCAUACUGGUUAGAAACCGUACAACUGUGACGUAUGUGGCAAAGCAUUCCGCGCAAUGUCAACUCUCGCAAAUCAUCAACGAAUCCAUACUGGAAAGAAACCAUUUUCGUGUAAGGAAUGUGGAAAGUCUUUCACCCGGAAAUCCGGCCUAACAGGUCAUGAAAGAAUCCAUCGAUGAGAGAUAGUGAUCAAGUGUAAGAGAUCGUGAAAGGUCCUUCGAUGCGAAAACCAGAUGGAAGACCAUGCAAAUACAAACAACCUAAACAGAGGGCGACUUGUUCCCAAGAUCAUGGAAAAUUUUAUUGAUAGGUCCGUUCUGAAUCCCAAGUGGCGUAAAUGUCUUUUACAGCCCAAUGUGAUAUCCAUCAGAAGUUCACUGCUUACGGUAUUCUAUGAUAACGUCCACAUUAUGUAGAACUACAAGCAUUAUCAUUUUUGAAUCUAUUUGAGUUGAUAUCCGCUGUUUCUUUCCUUGUUUUCCAUUGCAUUUCUCACACAGAAGAAACGUGUUUCCAUAUUUUCCAUGCAUUAGUUAAAAACGCAAUUGCGCUCAACGUUCCUGUAUGGUUCAUUUUUGAUAAAUCAGUCCUGUUUUAUAUCGGAUAUCCUGCUUCUGGAGCACGAAUGCCUAACAUGGAUCUUUUCGCUUAUAGUGGCGAUGUGCUGUUUUUAAGUUCGCACAUGAUGCUAAAAUGUUACGCAUAUAUGUACACUUGGUCUCAUGUGUAAUAUUGAGUAGUAGCUUUCUACUCCUUGUCACAACUCGUCGACAUCUUCUAAUACUAUCUAACUGUCCAUUUGUUGGAUGAAAAUGUGUGAACGGGAAAUUUGACUGUCAAUAUAAGAACUCAAACCUGAGAAACCAGAUUAUGACCUGCAAAUUCCUUUCUUUUCUCA